AUGGAAUAUGUUUUCCAAGACGAACUACCAUCUAAUUAUGUUGCGCCUGCGAUGCAAUUGCGAACGUAUCUUAAUUUACUCAACGAUACGGGGUCGGGUGGCGUUUGUGAUGGCAAAAUUUUUGCAAAUGCACGGUCACUGACAUUAGCACCAACAAUGGACCAGCAAUUCUGUUUGCGCUGGAACAAUCACCCCAACAACCUGACUGAUGUGCUCGCAAGCCUUUUACAGCGGGAAGCACUAUGCGAUGUCACACUGGCAUGUGACGGUGAGACAGUCAAGGCACACCAGACGAUACUCUCAGCAUGUUCCCCCUAUUUUGAAAGUAUAUUCAUGCAAAAUUCACAUCCACAUCCGAUAAUAUUUCUGAAAGAUGUGAAAUUCUCAGAGAUAAAGUCAUUAUUAGACUUCAUGUACAAGGGAGAGGUGAAUGUUGGCCAAAAUAUGCUACCAAUGUUCCUAAAGACUGCUGAAAGUUUACAAGUCAGAGGUUUAACAGAAAACAAUACUUUGAAUCCUAAGACGGAAGAGCGAUCAACGCCGUCGGUCAGUGCUGAGAACUUAUCGGCCCGCGGUGAUUUCGCGACGCCCCCAGUUGCGCACACGGCGGGUGCUCCCUUGACGCCCCUCGGGGCCCCACAGCAGCCCCCGCCGCAUGCGCCCCACGUCCCGCCCGAGAAGAGACGCAGGAAGAACUCCACUGUGCCAAGGGAAGACAUUGACUUGUCGUAUCGUCCGUAUGAAGGUCAAGUGAAAAGUAGCAAAGGAUCAACCGGGAGUGGCUCGGAGCCGUCGACGCCGCCACCUGCGCACGCGCUGCAUGGCCGCGCUGCUCGCUCACCCGCUCACACGCCGCUCGUCAAGCAGGAACCGGACUCGCCCUAUCCACAUCACAUGCACCCUCCUAAUUAUGACCAAACGCAUCUACCGACGAUGGAUCGGAUGAACGACAUGGCUGCGAUGCUGACGCCGCACCCCUUGACCAACGACUGCAAUGAAACGGAUCAAAUCAUUCAACCACACCCGGACCAGACUGACACCAUCGACGGUGAAAGCUUUGGGGAUGAGAACGAUAAACCUCCGGACGCGUUCGGCCACAACGUGACAAAUAUAGAGAAUAUUGUCAAAUCGUUUAAAAUCGCAUUGAACCACAGAUCGUAUAACGUACCGAUGUCGUGCAAAGUGUGCGGUAAACAUGUCACGAAUAUAAAGAAACACAUGAAAUCCCACAAUCCCGAACAGCACAAGUGUCCUCUGUGCCCGAUUAUUUUGACGCGAGCUGAUAAUCUCAAACGGCAUCUCCGUAUGAAACAUUGUUCCGUUCUAGGUCUUAACAACCGAUCUAACAUUCAAACUAAAUGCUGA